CACGUGUCCUAAAAAAUCCCUUCCCUUCGCGACUCCCUUGCGGAUCCCGAUCCCAGCUGCUUCCUUUUGUCUCGGCCACCGAGCGAGAGGGAGAAGAAUGGCCUUGCCUUUAGCCACGGUUACUCCUAUUCUAAGUCUUCGACGACUCCAAGCUCCUCGAAGCAACUGUGACGCAGCCGCUGCAACACGGCUGUCGGGCGCUUGCGAAGCUGCUCUCUUCGGUCUUAAGUUCGCUUGCUGCCGUGCGACCGCCGUAUGGGAUCGACGUCCGAAGCCGGCGCGAGCCCUAAUGGUGGAGGAGGGAAGAACGGCGGCAACGGCGAGGAUCGUUACGGUGGUUGGGGACGGAAGCGUUAGCCCGUUGAAGAACACUCCCUGGGAGCAGGUCAUGCGUCAUACUUCAACUCGUCUAAAGUGGGUGGAUGAAGGAAUUGAAAUGGUUGUAUUUAGUGAUAAGGCAACUCAGUAUAGUGAUACUCGGCAUGAAAAUCUUGUGAGGGAACUGCUAUGUUCUGAUAUGUUGGUUCAUGUCGCAAUAAAUGAUCAGGAAUCCAUUGAAUGGCUUCACAAAAAUAGUGAUAGUGUUCCAAAUAUAAUAUGCUUUGAAUCAUCACCAGAUCUAAGAAACAAACUUGGAGGAUCAUUCGUUCACAAAAGAGGAGAAGAAAACAUGUUCAACAGACUGGUCAACAUUGCAAAAAAAGGAAAUAGAAGUGAAUCAGCGGAAGUGCUUAAGACUGUAUCGGGUGCUUGGGAGAGGUAUAAUGCUGAUGAUAUUAGGUUCUGUUUGCUUGUUAUCAUCAAUUCUUACAUAAGACCUGUUUCUGUACUAAAAAAUUUAAGGGCUAAAGGACUAUCCACUCUUAAUUGUAUGAUUAAAAAUUGCGGAUCUCAGAUGCUAAACUGUUUAUUUGAUCCCAACUGUAGAAAAGCUCUUCAGUGUUUGAACUCCUGUUCUCCAACAGAUCAGGUUUGUAACUACCGCUGCAUUGCCUCUUAUGAGAGCCCAUACCUGGAGGCAUUUUCUUUGUGUGUGUUGCAAAAGAACAAUUGUCUUGAGUUAGAUGCAGAGAUCCCAAGCAAGCCAAUUGUAACUCCAUUGUAUAUGUUUAGAGGAGAGUUGUUGAGCCAUGAAGUUGCGGAAGACCUUUUUAUCGGUUGGUUGGAUAAUUUAGAAUGGAGCUGGCGAGUCAUAGCCGGCCAAAAUCCUGCAUAUGAUCAAUUCCCUUGUCAGUAUCAAUUGUUUUACAGGGGAAAGGCUAAAGGGUCAUUUUGGUAUGAACCAGUGUUUCAGGUCCGAACUCAAGAAGGGACAUUGGUAUGGAGACGAAGAAAGUAUCGGGUUAGAAGAGCAAGUGUUCCUGGAACAUUUUAUUUCAGCGUAUUAGAUAAUGGGGUAGUUUCUAAAGAAUUUUGGACAAUAAUAGAUGUUUGUGACGAUCUCAGCUGGGGUUUAUUUCAGUAUAACGGGGCAGCUCAGGUGGCUGGACUGUCGUAUACUGGGGCUGUGCUUGUUAGUCCAGACGGAAAUUUUAAACCUGAAUUGGGAGGACAAAGGCUAGUAUCUGCCUUGGAGAAAUGCAGUAUCAUGGACUGGGAGCUAUAUAGAGUUGAUAACUGUUCAUGCAAUAAUCCACCAUUAGGAAUUCCUGAGGGUUCGCGUCUGCGCUCAAAGAUUGAACUGAGGAAUCAGAGGUGGGUCUCUCAGCAGCUUGGAUAACAAAGCAUUUAAAGCAGUUAUAGCGAUAUCAAAGGUUGAACGGAGGAAUCAGAGAUGAGUUUCUCAGCAGUUUGGACAAAAAGGGAUUUUAAGUAGUUCAAGAGAUAACAAUAGAGUUAUUACCUCAAAGCGAGUUAACAGUUUCCUAUAUCAUAUGAGUCAUAAGGAGAUCAGUGGUUUUUGGGUCAUAAACUUUUAUCUUUGAAAGGAUCAAGUGAAACUUUUCUGUGUUCCUUGAGAUAUUUGCAGUUAUGAUGCAUUAAGAGUCUUCUCUCAAAGGAAGUAUAUAGGAGGCUCUUCCUGAAACCCUGCCAUUCAUCAUAUUCUUUCAGACUUGAAGAACUAGAUUGAGCUUAAAUCACGCAGGCAUUUUGGCAAAAAAUAGAUGCAUGACUAAUUUGUCAAAAAUCUAAAUUUAAAGCAAAAGGCUCAAUCGAAUGUCGUUACUACGCCUGCUGGUGCAAAUUGUAGAAUGCCAUCUGUGGUAAUAGACAUCCUUCAUCUUUGGAGUUUAAGACUCCAAGAACAGCUUCAUGUGAGCAUGGAAUCAUAUGCCAACCGCCCUGCUAAUGCUGAUAACUGGCUUUAUACGUAGAUCAUCAUGCUUAGAAUGCAGGCAUCUUCUGAGGCACUGUAGCGUGUUACUCGUACUCCUUCCAUGUAUACAGAGGAGGUUAGAGGGGCUAUGCUGGGCGAUUUAACCGGAACUUGAGGCUUCUAUAACGAGGAAGCAGAACCAGAGAUGGUGGUUUGUUAAAGAAUCUCAUCGAGCUUCGGGCUGCCUUUUUCUUUCUGCUUGCUAUGUAGAGAUUGACUACUUAACCAUUAUUAGUUCAUCUACUACUCUUUCGGUGCGAAAAAGUGACUUUGUAUCGCUACUUGAUGCAAUGAAUUUUGUCGAAGUGUCAUCUCACGUCACCACCGAUUAACCGAAGAUGACACGGAGACAUGUUUAUGUGCAA